AUGGCGAGCAUGGAGAGCACACCCUUGCUUUCACCAGCGUCGACGGCUUCAUCCGAGACCCUGUAUUCCGACCGAGCCCGCUCCGUCGAACAUGAUACCAUUCCCGAGACUGCCACCAUUGGGAGGAACCUCUCCUGGUCGAGUGCUUAUAUCCUGGUUAUAUCGCGUGUCAUCGGCAGUGGCAUCUUUGCAACACCGGGCGCUAUCGUCAAGUCUGUUGGAAGUAUCGGGCUAUCUAUGUCGUUAUGGGUCGUUGGAACUAUACUGUCAGCCUGUGGGUUGGUCGUGUCAUUGGAGUAUGGAUGCAUGCUACCUCGAUCUGGAGGCGAUAAAGUAUAUUUGGAGUUCACGUAUCGCUAUCCAAGAUUCCUUGCAUCGACCUUGAUCGCUGUACAGGCGGUUCUAUUAGGGUUCACAGCGAGCAAUUGUAUUAUCUUUUCCAAGUACACGUGGUUUGCAUUCAACAUUGUACCAAGUGAUUUCCAAAGCAAGCUUCUAGCAGUCGGAUUGCUUACAAUAAUCACCAUUAUCCACGGCCGAUUCAUGCGCGCUGGCAUCGCCAUUCAGAAUGCUCUGGGAUGGGUCAAGAUUUUUCUCGUUAUUUUCAUGGCCCUUAGCGGGGUCUACGUGAUUUUGUUCCGCCAAAACAGCAUUGCUCCUCGCACUUCGUUGAUGCCUCUAGGGAGCAGUGGUCUUUGGGAGGAGCUAUGGAAGGAUUCGGAGUGGAGCUGGAAUACAAUCUCGACCUCGUUGUUCAAGGUCUUUUAUUCUUACGCGGGCCUUUCCAACGUCAAUAAUGUCAUGAACGAGGUCAAGAAUCCAGUACGGACGCUGCGUAGUGUCUGCAUAGCUGCUUUGAUUACUGCGUGUAUUCUAUACGUACUCGCUAAUAUAGCCUAUUUUUUGGUCGUACCUCUCGACGAGAUAAAACAGAGCGGAGAGUUGGUUGCAGCCCUUUUCUUCGAGCAUGUUUUUGGCCCAAAAUGGGGAAGGACUUUCCUGCCCUUAAUGAUCGCGGUUUCAGCAGCAGCAAAUGUAAUGGUUGUGACAUUCGCCCUGGCACGCGUCAAUCAAGAAGUCGCUCGGCAAGGGUUUCUUCCUUUUGCGAGAACCAUUGCCUCUUCCAAACCAUAUAAUUCGCCAUUCUGGGGACUUAUCAUUCAUUACGUGCCAUCACUGCUAGUCAUCACCCUCCCAUCACAAGGCGCAGUAUACAAUUUUAUUCUAGACGUGGAAGGAUAUCCUGGUCAAAUAUUGAGUCUGGCUGUGGCGGCCGGAAUUGUUCUUCUUCGCCGCAGGCGUCCAGAUCUCAAACGACCUUUCAAAGCCUGGCUUCCAGCUGUGUGGCUGAGAGUUGUGACAAGCGUCGCAUUGCUAGCCGCGCCAUUUUUCCCGCCUGCGGACUGGAAAGGUGAUGUUGACUUUUUUUAUGCCACUUACGCAAUUGUUGGUAUUGGAAUCCUUUUGUUUGGCAUCUUAUAUUGGUACAUUUGGACGGUUUUACUUCCUAAGUUUGGGAAUUAUACAUUGGAAGAGGAAACCGAGGUGCUCGAUGAUGGUACAAGCAUCACAAAGCUAGUGCAUAAACCAGUAUCUUGA